UAGGCUUUUAUUUAUAUUUGUAGGUUAAACUUUUUAAAUAGAGUAAUCAAUGAAAUCAACAAAAAUGUCACAUUUUCAAGUUAUACUGGGAACAUGAAUAAAUGGUUAUUACAGAAGCAGAUAAAUAAUGAAUGAAGAAGAAAAAAGUUUUGCUCAUCUUUUAUCUUCUAACUGUUUUCAAAAUGAGUAUAGAUGCUUUUCAUGUGGAAAAGAUCCAAAUGGUGGUUCUCCUUUUGUUAAAAGUGGAUGCUUAAUUAAUGUGUUACAUGGCAUUACAAAUUAUGAUGAGAAGCAAAUGCGAUUUCAAAGUUUACAUUUUUUUGACCAAAGUAUAUCAUUUAGGCAAAUUGUAAUUAGUAAGAAGCAAUCAGAUUGGUUUAAUGCUCUUAGGUUUCAUUUAAAUAAGUUAGAAAUGGCAACUGACAAAUCUGAAUCUGUUGUAGGAAAUGCAAAAGCAUGUCGAGAAGAGGUCAAUAAAUUCUUGAAUUAUAUUUUGCAUUUAACACAGCUAUCUAUGCUGAAUAUUAAUGCUACAGAAGAAGUGAUUAGACUUGGGAAUGUACGAAGAAGACUUAAUCAGUUGAGCCCAGAUAUACUUAUGUGUACAAAUGCGCUUCAGCAAAGUUAUUUUCAUUUAUGUCUAGAGAUGGGUGCAUACUCUCUUCUAUUAGUAACAUCAUUGUUUACAAAAGAUUGUGGAUCUCAAGAUUUAAUGGCAUUAUUUGAUUGUGUUUCACAGUACCUUGUUUGCGACUUGGUUUAUCUUGCUAACUAUGUUUAUCAAAAGGAUCCUGUGACAAGUGUAUGGAACAAGGGUUUGUUUUAUUGUUCAUGUACCAAUGAACUGUGGCUUUUGUUAAUACAUAUUUUAGAUACAAUUUCCAAAAAACUAAAAACUCAGUCAUUUUGGUCAAUAUUAUCUUAUACUUUAAACAAGUUAGGUUCAGAAAGUGAGAAAAAUGAAAACAGAACACGAAAACACAAUUUUAUUUGGAACACAAGUAGUGAAUUCAAACUUUGGCUUAUUUCUAAAGUUGCUCCAAUAUAUCGUACUAGUGAAUCUGGCUUUCAAUUAUCUAGUGAUGCCUGUAAAAAGACUAUUGUUCCUGGUAAUUGGCAGGCAGUACAAGAGUUAGUUCAAGAAGUUCUUCAAAGAGAUAAUACAGACGAAAAGUGUCUUGUGUUUUUACUGCGUGUCUGCUAUCAACUUAAUGAACAUUGGAGUUUUCAUUUUGAUGUUUUUAAAGCAUUGUGGGAUCAUGUUAAUAAAAUGAUGCCUUUGUAUCAUCAAAAAAAUUCAAGUAAUCUUGACUCGUACAUCAAUCAUGCUGCUCAAAUUACACCAUUAAUAAAGUUUGAUGCAUGCAGACAAAUGGUUUCUGAACAAGUUAUUCUUAAUGGUGAAAUACAAAGUUUUGAUUUGUUCUGUGGUGUUCUUGAAAGAAUUGUUAUAAGAGUAAAAGAUUUAUCUCCGCAAUUUUUAUCACAGAUUAAGGGAAGAAUUUUGUCUAAGUUUCACAAGAGACGAAUGGAAGACAUCACCCCAGUCGAUUUUGAAAGAUUUGGGACUUUAUUUUUAAAAAGCGCAAUAGUUUUUGAUUCGAUGGAUAUAAUUCACAAAAUGUGUUCACAUAUAACAUGCAUUUCUUUUGACCAUAAAAGUUUUUCAAUAAAAAAAUCUAUUUUUCUUGUGCUGUUUACUGGAGUAUUGAUUUGCAAAAAUGAGAAAUAUCAAAUAGACUAUCUUAUUGAAAAAAUUGUUGAACUUUUUACUAAAGUGGUCGCAAAGCACUGUUUACAAGAUACAACACACCAGGAUACAUGGAGUUUGAUUUGUUUUUACUUUGAAUGCAUGGAGCAAUCCCUUGAUUUUGUAACUUUUCUUCCUGGCGAAGAAAAACUGUUGUGUCCUGCGUAUAGUAAACUUCUUACAAUAAUGUCAAGGACAGAAAGACUGGUAGUCCUAAGGCAUAUAAAAAUUAUUUUUAGCUGUUCUUAUAUUCAAGGAAAAUUGAAAGACCUCUUGAUUAAUCAAUUAUGGACUGUUGUGUUUAGUCACGUUGAAGAAGUAGGAUCAGAUGAUCUCGUUGCAGAUUUACUUGCUGAUUUUACUGUGCUUUCAUUAUUGAGUAAAGAAAUUGCACCUGUAAAAUUUCAAGAACUUUUUUCAAAGUUUUCAAAUAGCACUUCACAUUCGCUUAAUUUUAAAUGUAUUUAUUUAUCAAAAGUUCUUUUAUCGCCUGAAGUUAUAAAUUUACUUUCUCAUGAAGAACAAUCCAAUCAUAGAAAUUUACUUAUUAAUACUUGGAUUCAUUGUGUUUUAUUGUCAAAUGUCAACAAAAUCGAUUCUUUGGAAUUUACUAGAGCAUUGUUUGAAAUAAAAGAGUUUUCUAACUACAUUAAAAACAUUGAUGAUACUAAGUUUCCUCCUUGCGAUUUUUCUUCUCUGGUACUACUUAAAUUUGUUGUAGGAAUCAGUAGAUCGUAUAUGAUGCAACAAUCCAUCACAGAGGCGUUUAGUUUUCGCAAAACUAUUGACACUUUUUUCCGAAAUGUUCUUGAUAUAUGUAAACCUGUUUUAAUGAGUUGUGAAUGUAUGAAGACUGUGGAGCUGAUGUUUAUUGUGAAUGGAAACUUAGUUAAGUACUGUGCUAAAGCUAUUUAUAGCAAAUCAUCCCCAGUUUGUUUGCUUCCUCAGAUGUUAGAUUUAUUUGUUCUUCCAUUAAAUUCUUCUAAGAAACCUUUUCCGCCUCUUUUUCUUGAAAAAUCCUCUGAACACUUGCAUUUAUUUUUGUCUGGUUUGAUUGCCUUGGAUUUUAAGAAAGAUGAUUUUCUUGCAAGAAAAAUUAAAGAGAUAUUUCAUAGAUAUUUUGUUCAGUCAUCUGUUAAAUGUUUUAUCAAUCGGUCAUCAAAUCCUUUUUUGAUAGUUUUAAAAGAAUCUCCUGAAGGAAUGACUUCUAAACAGUUCAGAGACUACAGAUAUUUUGUAUUAAAUCUCUUGCGUGAUCAUUUCUUAUAUCUUCCUCAACCUCCAGAACAGCUUGCUGCUGUUCUUUAUUUUAUAUCAAGUUUACUACAAACAGCAGAGUCUGAAGAAGAGUUAAUUAAUUGCGCAGACAUGGUUCUGAUAAAAAUUCUUAAUUGUCUUUUGGCUUGUGAAAAACUAAGAGGAAAAGGUGAACCACCUAAUGUCAGGCAAUUAGUUAUGAGUAUACUAAAGGUUAUUUUUGAUGCAUCAUACAAAAAAUGUAGCAUUGAAUCACAUUUAGCGACCAUACUAAUCAGUUUUGCAUCUGAAAAAAUUUCUUCUCAACAAGGUAUAAUUCUAGAUACACUAGCACUAGUGGGAAGUUUAAAUGUAUCUGUUCUUAAGAUUGCAAUACCUUCCCUACACAAGCUUGUUCUUGAAGAAGAAGAAAGAAGUGGGGGAGAUAAUAACAUUGACUUGAGGAACAGCUUCGUUUUAUUAAAAGAAAUGUCUGAAUGCGACUUUUCGAUGUAAACCUUAGAUGUGAACCAUAUGAUGGUUUCAUUUAUUUUGCAAGUUCUCAAUUAUUAAAAUUCUUCAUCAAAUUUUUUUUUUUUUUUUUUUUAAACUUUUAAAGAAAAAUUUUGAAUAAAAUUCAUAAUGAACUUAAUUUAUAUAAAAUUGUUCUACUACGUAGAUAUGUAUAAAACGAUCUUUCAUAAAAUUGAAUUAUAAAAAAUUAAUUUA